GAGGCGCGCGAGCCAUAGAGCUGAGCGGGCCAGAAGGGUGGGGAGGAGGCGGCGGCGGCGGCGAUGCGGUACAACGAGCGGGAGCUGCUGUCUCUCUCCCGGCAGCCAGCCGAGAAGGCGGCCGAGGUCCUCAUGCGCGCCCCGAAGAAGGGAAGCGCCGUGAAGAAGCGUUUGGUGAAACUGGUCGUCAACUUUCUCUUUUACUUCCGAACAGAUGAGGCCGAGCCUAUCGGUGCUUUGCUGUUGGAACACUGCAGUAUCAGCCAAGAAGAAAGCAAAAUAUUUUCCAUUAGUUUCCUCGAAGAACCUGAGAGAAAGUACUUCUUUGAAUGUGAUACAGAGGAGCAGUGUUUGGAGUGGGUCGAGGUUCUCCAGAGGGCGAGCUACGAGUUCAUGAGGAGCAGCUUGGUCUUCUAUCGGAAUGAGAUCCUGAAGAUGACAGGAAAGGACCCCUUGGAGCAGUACGGCAUCUCAGGGGAAGCCCGCUUCCAGCUGGGCGCACGGAAGGUAUAACCCCGAGCACUUGGAUCUGGGCCGGCACCUCACCAUACCACCAGCAUCCUUGCGCAGCUCCCCGAGACUCCAGGAUCAGGACUGUACGCCGACAGAGUGAGUUGCUUCCACGAACUUGUAGGAUCUCCCUCGUGCUGUUCAAGAGGGUG